AUGCCCGCUCAGAGCAGGCGACUGCGGGAGCGCCCGGCGCGCUGGUGGGACCCGCCGGCGAGCACCCGGCCUGCGCUUCCUUGGACCUGGGGUCCGCCUCUCCCCCCAAACAUCUGUGGCCGCAGCCGGGCACUUGGGAAAGUUGCUAAGGCCGAGGAGGCGGGAGGAGAGAAAGCGAGGAGAGAGGCGGAGGCGUGGACCCGGCGGGCAGCAGCCUCAGCCCGCUGGGGAGGUGAGCUGAGGACAGAGGAGCCGCCGCCGCCCGCAGCGCGGCUCGGCUGCUGGGGAGGAGGGUGCGGGGGCGGAGGUGGCGGGGGACAGAAGGUGUCAGCUCCUGCAGCUAUUCCUUUUUCUUGCAAACGCGCGCUCCUGACAUCCAUAACCCCUCCCUCCCCACCUGCCAAGCACCGCGGCGUCCAGCUCUGGGAACAUCCUUCCUGCUGA